GUAGUACAUUAGUUGGUAGUAAUAGUAGUGUAGUAGUUAUAUAUAUACCAGGGCAUAUUAUGAGUCAAGGAGAUAUACAGGAAGAGAAUCAUCAUCUGUCACAUUUGGAAGAAGAUGAUGAUGAAAUUGGAGGACCCUUAUUAAUAGAAAGAUUAGAAGGUAAUGGGAUUUCAUUAAGUGAUAUUAAAAAAUUAAAGGCUGAUGGUUUUCAUACUAUUGAAAGUAUUGCUUAUACUCCUAAAAGAAAACUUACUGAAGUUAAAGGUAUAAGUGAAGCUAAAGCAGAAAAAAUAUCUCUUGAAGCAGCUAAAUUAGUUCCUUUAGGAUUUACAACUGCAAGUGAAUUUCAUUCAAGAAGAUCAGAAUUAAUAUGUCUUACAACUGGUUCAAAACAAUUAGAUACAUUAUUAGGUGGAGGAAUUGAAACUGGUUCAAUUACUGAAGUCUUUGGAGAAUUCAGAACUGGUAAAUCUCAAUUAUGUCAUACUUUAGCUGUUACUUGUCAAUUACCAAUUGAUAUGGGAGGUGGUGAAGGUAAAUGUCUUUAUAUUGAUACUGAAGGUACUUUUAGACCUAAUAGAUUAGUAUCAAUUGCUCAAAGAUAUGGUCUUGUUCCUGGUGAUUGUUUAGAUAAUGUUGCCUAUGCAAGAGCUUAUAAUGCAGAACAUCAAUUACAAUUACUUAGUCUUGCAGCUCAAAUGAUGGCUGAAUCAAGAUUUUCUCUUUUAAUUGUCGAUUCAAUCAUGUCUCUUUAUAGAACAGAUUAUGCUGGAAGAGGUGAAUUAAGUGCUAGACAAACUCAUGUUGCUAAAUUCAUGAGAACUUUACAAAGGUUAGCUGAUGAAUUUGGUAUUGCUGUGGUUAUAACCAAUCAAGUUGUAGCUCAAGUAGAUGGAAUGUCAUCAAUGUAUAAUCCAGAUCCUAAAAAGCCAAUUGGUGGUAAUAUUAUUGCUCAUAGUUCAACAACAAGAUUAUCAUUUAAAAAGGGUAGAGCUGAAACUAGAAUUUGUAAAAUUUAUGAUAGUCCUUGCUUACCAGAAAGUGAAUGUGUAUUUGCUAUUUAUGAAGAUGGUAUUGGUGAUCCUCGUGUUGAAGAUGAUAGUGAAAAAUAAUUUGUUUCUAUACAAUAACAUAUUCAGCAUUUCCAGCAUGCUGCUUUUGUUCCUGGAAAUGGAUACAGCAGCAAUAAUAUCGGUAAAAAGUUCAGUUCUGCCCAUUCUAUGCUUAUUACAGUAGCAAAGAAAUAUUACAGUAUUUAUAUAACCAUAUUCAUGUAUCAAUAAAAUAUAUGUCCGCCCU